GUCCAAAAUAACUAGAGAGGGAGGGGGGGUUACAUUGGUGAACUUACAGCGGAUAAAAGCUUAGUGAACUCUGUGAUAAUUUAAGAUUGUGUGAACGUAAGAUUGAACUGUUCAUUAUUCAUUUCAAAGUUUUUGUGUUGAUUGAGCUCACAGCUGAUCUGAUAGUCACAGUGAGAUAUCAAAACGCGUCAAUGAUCCUGAGAAUUGUUUUUGCUAUAUCAUGAUAUCUCUAUGUGAUAGAGUGUACGGAGCAGUGUGCUUCUCGCUGUGGGCUUCACUAUUGCUAGAUCUGGCAUUGCUAACAAAGGGGCAAUUCUAUCUCCUUGAGGACACUCAAAGGAACUAUUCCGACGCGGUGAUGAAAUGCAAGAGCCUCGGCUACGAUGGUCUGGCUGUGGUAGACACUAAGCAAUCGCUGGACACAGUCUUAAAACAAUUGAGAUAUCCAGCCAAGGAACAGUACUGGAUCGGCAUGCAUUACUCUGUCAAGAAAAAAUAUCAUAUCUGGGACACAGGUGUCGACGUCACGUGGGCAGCAUGGAACACCGGGGAACCAGACAACAUGCCCACAGACAAGUGUGUCCGAAUUAGAACAACCCUGAAUUUCGGCACGUGGACCUGUUCCGCCCUUUUUAUGGCAGUCUGUGGACGUUAUUCCAGUGUCUACAACGAGAUGCUACUUGAAACCCGGCAACACAUCACUUUCUCUGACCCUCUGUGGUCAGGCUGGGCUCGUUCACUGCUGGACUGUGCCGCCAGGUGCACCACUGACCUUCGGUGCCAGUACAGCCUUUACGGCAGUGCUGAUCUGACUUGUGUAACACUGUCUAAAAACUACAACGGGUCCAGAGUUGGCUCCCAGCAGAUGCUUAACGGUGUCAUGGUCGCAAAAGACGAUGUGAAUUUGUCCUGAUGCCAUGAUCUUCAUGUCAGGUGGCCACCUGGUCAUAGUGAGUAGAAAAUAUAUCGCAUGGAUUUAAUGAGAGGACAACGGAAUCUGAUUGCCAGACUCGGCAUUAGUUUCAAUCUCUUGUUUCUAAAAGUACUACUUUCGUAUUUUGUAUUUCUUUUAGAUUCCAUUGUUAAUACGUGAUUAAAUUAAUUUGCAUAAUUAAACCUACAAGAAUAAAAUAACUUUUGUAAA